CACCGACCACAGUCCAGACUUCCAGGCCCAAGCCAGCGUUCGCCGUCAGAGGAUGACGAAAAAAGAAAACAAGGGUGUGACCGGAGCAUUGAAGGCAACGCCAGCACGACGACGACGUGUUUAGUGCGUGCGUUUAGGCGAGUACCACACGGUUUCUCCUGGUCGGUUGUGUUGCCUUGGGACGUUGGGACGCAAAACGUGCAAAUGCACGUACGAAUUCGUGACACGACCGUCGAUUGUGCACGUACGUGCGCGGUGUGCUGUAGUGAAAGUAGGGCAGAGCGUGCAGUCCCCGAACAGUGCUGUGUUGCGUUCAACUCAGCAGAAAAAAGGGGUGUGAUUUGUGAGCCAGAACCUGGUAGAAAACGCGCCUGGUAAAAAUCCUGCAGGAGUUUUUUGUUUUAUCCAGAACUCCAAACAAAAUUGAAAUUAAAGUGAAUUCGUGUGCAACAAAAAGCGUGACAGAACAGCACGAAUCCCGUGCAUUGCUCCCUGCGCCCUAUUUCGCAGCCGUGCAAUAGGGAGCGGAACGGCAGGAAGGGACAGAAGUGAAGAAGCAAAAAAAAAGGACGCUCUGCUCACUCUCGUUCGUUCGCUGUCUCGCACAGACGCGCCUCGGGUGCGCACAACAAAGAGCCUGGGUGCGUGUGCGCGCGUGUUUAUCCUUGUGUACGUGUACCGUGAGUGUGUGUGAUAGCACAGAAUUUGCGUUUUUGUCCUACAGGAGUAGAAGAAAUAUACAAGAAAAAAAAAAAUACACACACUGUCACCUCCCUGCUAGACCCUAGCGAGUAAGUCCCGGUGAUUCAUCCGUCAAAGCUGUGGGCGAUGGCGCACGAAGGCUGCUGAGACCCCGGGGGGGGGAGCGACAACCUUUUUUUGCGGCGAUGCAGUCGACGGGCAACGGCAACGGUGGUUGGCACGGCACGCAAUGCCAGUGAGCCGUCAUCGCACGAGAAGCAGCAGAGCCUUGUACCGUCGUCGGGUGUGGGUGUGCAGCUCGUACAGCCAUUCCCAGUGGCCGAGCAUCUGGGCGACAACCCGCGGCGCGGAACCAACUUCCCCGGAGGAUCGUCGGGGCAAACAUCUGCCCGGCAGCCCGCGUGGACAUUGAAGAUCCUGAGCAGCAGCAGCGCAGGAGGGCCUCCGCUUAUCGCCAUCUCACACAGACACAGUGAGAGAAGAGUGUCGUUUGUGUGUAUGUGUAUGUGUGCCGAAGUAAUGGCACUGCAGUGAUAACUUCAAAAGCCGAAAAGCUGGCAAGCGAGAACAUCUUAAAAGCGUUCCCAGACAAUAGAGGCACAGGCACAGGGGGUUAGGUUUCGCUCAAGAGCAGCCUCUUCAGCGUUCGAUACCGUCGCCUGGCACGUCUCGCAGACCAGGCACCCAGCGAUCCCAGGGAUUUGGUGACGCACUGUCUCCUCCCUGGUGCGUCAUCGGGAAGACAUCCGCUCAGCUCAGGUCGCUCUCCGCGGUACAGGAAGACGUCGUGGUACCUCCCCCGCGAGUCCUGGCUGCUUCAAAAACAACAAAAAGAACGGAAGUGAACUCCCGUAGUGUCUCCGUAGUGCGCUCCCGAACCAAAGGUGGCCGUGCGGUUUUGUGCGGGGCGUCCAUCAUCCAUCAGCUCAAACUCCGCACCAUUCAAACUGGGCCAGCGAGGGGACCGCUCCUCUCUCUCUCUUUCUCUUACACACUUUUCCUCCUCACUCUCCCGCACAAACCCCAUCCCUCCUUCCCCUCUCUCCUACAUCAGCUUCAACCGGCUGCAUUGAAGACGGCCAGCACAGCGCGGUCUGCCCCGGUGUAAAGGGUCACUAGCGGGCGGCGGAAGCAAUCCUAAACCCCGGCCGCCACCAUGGGCUACCUGGGGAUGGCCGAGGACGACGAUCAAUAUCGGGUGCCGCUGAUAGCGAAGCUGCUGCACGCCCUGCCCCACUACAACAUCACCUUUCACCGGAUCAACAACACAUUUCGCCCAUCAAAUGAUGUCUAUCUCGAGAGCCUCGGAAUCCUCGGCUCGAUACCGGCCGCCCUGCUGAUAGUGUCGCUGUUCGGGCUGCUGCUCUACCUGCUGACGCGCUGCUGCGACCGGAAGCCCCGGCCGGCCCACUCGAUCACCAGCCUCAAGGUGACGCUCUCGAUCGUUACCGUGCUGUGCUGUGCCGCGAUCGGGCUCGGCCUGUACGGCAACGAUGACCUGCACAACGGGCUGCUCGAGGUGCUGCAGGCCGGCCGGAAGGUGGACGGCGUAGUUUCGUCCGUGCGCAACCAAACCUUCAUCCUCGAGAACACGCUCACGAUGAAGAUCCAGCAGCAGCUGACCGAGCUGGAGGACAUCUUCGACCAGAAGACGAACAACCAGACCGCCCUGGCGCAGCUGCAGCAGGCGCUGCUGACCGCGAAGGGCAACAUUACGAUCGCGAAGAACGCGGCUAACGACAUCCGGCGCCCGCUGGUGGGCCUGACCAUCACCGACUUCCUCACGAAAGGAGACCAGUGGGAGUUGAUACGCUGGCCCGGCACGGUCGCCAUACUGGCGCUGCUGCUCGUCCUGUGCGCGGUGCUGCUGGUCGGCGUGGCGCGCCACUCGCGCUGCGCCCUCAUCCUGUUCAGCGUGUGCGGGCUGCUGGCCGUGACCGGCUCGUGGCUCAUGUCCGGCCUGUACCUCUCGACCUCGGUGGCCGUCGGUGACCUGUGCAACGAUCCGGCCGACUUUCUCGUGCACCAGGCGCCGCACGAGUUGCCGGCCGACAUUCUGCUCUACUACACGCAGUGCGAUAUCUCCCGCUCGAACCCGUUCACCCAGCGGCUGCGCGAGUCGCAGAACGCGAUCAACAAUGCGCGCAACGCGAUGAGCACCGUGUCCAAGAUUUCGCCCGUAUUGUUCAAGAACGCUGGCCUAGCGCCCAAGCUUGGGUCGGUCAACGCGGACAUUAAGCUGUGCGAGCGUCUGCUGACCGGGCUGACCGCGCUGGUGGACUGCCGCGCCGUCCACUACAGCUACCUCGUGGCGACCCGCGGCCUGUGCGAGUGUGGCCUGCUCGGGCUGGUGCUGAUGCUGAUCGCCAGCUUCAUGGCGGCCAUCCUGCUCACCAUCAUGGUGUGGGUCGACUCGCACACGUGGAUCUACAUCCGCAAGAGAAAUGAUUAUGCGCAGGUCGAGGAGCAGUCGUACGUAUCACACCAAUUGCAUCCACAGAGCCAUCCAAACAUGAACACUCGCACACUCCCACAUCAUCCCAAGGGCCCGCCGGUCAUCAGCGGGUCGCACACGAUCGCGCAUCCGGGCCGCAGCGCCAAGCACGACCUGGGCCAGAUGCAGCAGCAGGCGCAGCAGCAGGCCCAGCAGCAGGCGCAGCAGCAGCUGCACCACCAGCAGGCCCACGCCCAGGCGGCGCAGCAGGCGGCCCAGGCCCAGGCCCACAUGAUGCACCAUCACCAGGCGAUGAUGCGGGCCGGCGGCACCCACACGCUCGGCCGGCUGCCGUCCCACAGCAGCCCGACCCACCUGCACGGUCCGAACAACGGCAAGUACGCCACCCUCAGUAAGCACUGCAAGACGCUCGACGCGAACGACUUCUACUGAAGUUACGCCGCCUGU